AUGACAAAAGGUCGAUCUGAUCGCUCACCUAAAAUUCGGAUUUUGGGUGUUUGUUCAACGAUAGUGUCAAUAUCUUGUGGACUUCUCUGGCGGUUUCGUCUUGAGUUACUGGACUCUUGCUGUGUUGUUGUCAUAUUUGACAGAUUUGACGAGCCUCGACAACGUUUCGAUCAGGUCUUGACAUGGUUUGUCUUCUCGUAUGGGGUCACGAUCGAAAUAGCAGGAGUAACUUUACCGGCAUUCGUACUUGAAAUUCGUUUCGAUAUCCUUCUCUCUGUCGACACGGGUUAUCAACUUAAGGGUAAGAUCAGAUCUUAA